GCAAGACACCCCUCUGAACAGGACUUCCCGCCGACGACCCAGACAGGAUGGACGGCGCUCGGAAGGCCUUCCUCGGACUGUGGCUCCUCGCCUGUGUCACUGCAACCACCGCAGCGAGUAAGCCACAAAUCAUGCACGAUACGGACGAAAUUGUCGUGGAGAAAGAUGGUUUGUUGAACCUUACCUGUCGAGGAGACGAGCCAGUUACUUGGUUUGCUGACAGACACAAAAUUCAUUAUGAUACUUACGAGGAGGUCUACGACAACGGACAUUCCAUGCCAUACGUCGCCAUCUUGGUGAUGAGCAACAUGAACUACACGGAGGUGGGUUACUACAUGUGCCUCUUCAACACCUCCGACCGCCCGCAAGCCUUCCCCGACCCGGAGAGCCCCGACGUCGCCUCCAUCUAUGUCUAUGUCAAAGACGAGGAAAACCUCCUGACGCAGGACAGCCACCGCGUGUUCUACGACGCCAAGGUGAACGAGCCAUUCAUCGUGCCGUGCAAACCUACCUUCCCGGGAGUGAAUGUCACCCUCGAGAAGAACCAGGGCGAGUUCAUGCAUGACACGUUCGACGCCAAGGCGGGCUUCACCCUCAGCAACGUGUCGGUGAGUCGGCACAUGGGCGACUACUUCUGCAGGGGCGAGAAAGAUCACACGUCGCAGUCCUCUUACCUGUACAUCUCCGUCUACGCCACAGAGCAGAAGCUGCAGCGUCCCAUGGUGGAGGUAGUGGAGGCGUGGCAGCGGAACGUACUGGCGAACGAGUCGGGCGACUUCUACGACGUGGAGCGAGGCAGCUCGUUCAACCUGACGUGCUUGUUCAAGGCCAGCACGACGCAGCACCACUCGCUGGCGUGGACGAGCCCAGCCACGUCCAACGCGACGGGCAACCAGCUCGUGUACCGGUACCCGCGAGGCGACACUCUGGAGCGCCACUUGGCCGUGCACAACGCCUUGGCGGAGGACUCGGGCGAGUACCGCUGUAUCGCCAGCGUGGGCGCCGUCGAUUCGGACCCCUACAUCGUCUUUAUCAACGUCGUCGAGAGGGACACGAGGUACGUGUCCCUGCGCGCUGACGACCCCGUCAUCGCCAAGAGCCGGAACCCGCUGAUUUGGGUGCUCCGCAUUCGCGCACACCCGAUGCCCGACUUCAUCUGGAGGAAGCGAGACAAGGUGGUCCUGAACACGGCGGCCGGCGCGCUGCCCGAAACAAGCCGCUACGGUAUCGACGUGUCGCUGUUCGACCAGGGCGAGGUGCUGGCCAAGAUCAGCUCGCCCUCGCUCGCCGACGUCGGCAACUACACCCUCGAGGCCAGGGUCAACGGGUCCGACGUGACCGACGCCAUCACGCUCACUUUCGUCAUGGAUGCCAAGCCAGAGAUCGCGUCGUUCCACUCGUUCCCCGCCCGGAGCAUGUGGCGCACCAACGACCGCUUCAAGAUCAGCUGUGAGGCGCACGGCUUCCCGCGGCCGGCCGUGGCGCUGCAGUUCAUGGCCUGCUUCGAAAAGGACGCCUGCGCCAGCGAUAAGUUCGUGCCCGUCCAAGGCGACCAGGCCCAGAACGAGCUGGACGUGGACGCGGUGGCGACGUCCCAGGACGACCUCGACGCCGUCAGGGAAAGGAGGGACUGGGUGGGGCGCGCCUCGACCCCGGGCAUCUACAGAUGUGUGGCCGACAACGUGCACGGCGAAAGCGUGAGCAGCCACUUGCCCUUCUACGUAACCGAGGCGCCCGAGAACGAGACCCUGUCCGUGGAGGCGCUGGUGAACGGCGUCCCGAAAAGCCGCCAGGAGCUGGCCAUCAUCGAGGGCGACAACGUCACCCUUACCUGCUACGGCAACAAGAGGCUGACGAGCGAGAAGCUGCACUGGCUAGUCAACGGGAAGGCCCUAGAGGAGCCCAGUGCCUUCGUCAGGAGGCGGCCCAACAAUAGCUCCCAGUAUUCCUACAUCACGAUGUUCGUCAUCGAAACCGCAACCCUUGAGCGAAACAGCACGGCCGUGGUCUGCGCCGAUCACGCAAAUCCCGACUUCUCUGUGACGAAAGAAAUUUACGUUGAAGCCAUGCAGGCGCCCACGUGGAAGGUCAGCCAGCCGCAGUUGCAGUCUUCCUACUCACUCCACGAGGAGGACAAAUUGACGUUGCAGUGCCAGGCGGACGGCGUGCCCCCCCCUGAGGUCCUGUGGUUCAAGGACGGCAACCGGCUGAGAACGGACGCGUACUGGUUCAUCCGCGACCAAGAGCUAGACUUCAUGUACCUGAAGGCGAGCAACACCGGCGAAUACAAAUGCGUGGUGACGAACCGCGCGGGCACCAUCGAGGCCAAGACCUACGUGACGGUGGCCGACAACAACAUCGUCGACGUCAAGACGAUGAUCAUCAUCGUCUCCAUCUCCAUCGUCGUCGUGGUCGUCAUCAUCAUCUUCUUCUGCGUCAGGAUCUACACGGACAGGAAACGCGCCUACACACUCCGUCUGGAGGACCACAGGAUGUUCGUCGAGGGCGCGCCCGAAAACCUCAACCCGGACAUCGGCCUCGACCAACAGGCGGACCUGCUGCCCUACGACACCAAGUACGAGGUCCAGCGGGACUCCAUCAUCUUCGACAAGGUGCUGGGCUCGGGCGCCUUCGGCCGGGUGUACCGCGCCACAGCCAUCGGCUUGCGCCCCGGCCAGGCCCGCACCACGGUGGCUGUCAAGAUGAUGAAGUCGCGCACCGACUGCGCUCAGCUCAAGGCGCUGCGCUCGGAGGUCAAGAUCAUGAUCCACAUCGGGCGCCACGUGAACAUCGUCAACCUGCUGGGCGCCUGCUCGAAGGACUUCGCCUCCAAAGGUGAGCUCCUGCUCCUCGUGGAGUACUGCAAGCACGGGAACAUCCUGGACUACAUGCGGCGCCACCGCAAGGAGUUCGUCGACCAGAUCAACGAGAAAGACAAGAUCGACCCUUCCAUCACCGACAACAGGAUGCGGCAACGCAGCGGCUCCGGGUCCAGGGUGCGAGGGUCGCGCGGCCUCAAGUACGCCCACCUCAACUUCGGCCCCGACGCCGUCUCCUACAACGUCGGCCACGCCUCGGACGGCAGCCACUCCGGCAGCCACGCCGUCUGGGCCGGCGACCACGAGGCCCCCACCGGCUCCCUCGGGCGCCGCUCCUUCCGCGCCAGGACGCUCUCUGCCUCGUCGGGGCAGCACCAUGUGGCGUCGGACAUGAGCACGCUUACCUACGAGAGUAGCAACGGGGCGUGCGAGGACUACGUGCCGUCCAACGGGCUGGGGGCCCCGGAGGUGGACUUCUGCUCGAAGACCCUUCUGCAGUGGGCCUACCAGAUCGCCAAGGGGAUGGAGUACCUCGCCUUCAAGAAGGUGCUGCACGGCGACCUGGCCGCCAGGAACAUCCUCCUGGCCGAGGACAACAUCGUCAAGAUCAGCGACUUCGGUUUGGCCAAAGACAUCUACAAGGAUGAUAAUUACCGCAAAAAGAGCAACGGUCCGGUGCCCGUGAAGUGGCUGGCCCUGGAGUGCUUGCGCGACGGCGUGUUCUCGACGCAGAGCGACAUCUGGUCCUACGGCGUGGUCCUCUGGGAGAUCUUCAGCCUGGGCCAGAAUCCUUAUUCAGGCGUCGAGUUCGACGAGAAGUUCAUCACCAAGCUGGAGAAGGGCGUCCGGCUCGAGCAGCCCAGGUUCUCCACGCACGAAUUGUGCGUAUGCAGGAGAUUCGUUUUUCCAGGAUUAUAAUUAAUGUGCUGGGUGAUUAAGGCUACGUCUAGUAAUCAGCGCCCAUAUAUUCCUUUUAAAUAUAUGAAAUGUACACUUAAAGUAUUUAAGGUAUUUAAAGA